GCCGUUUUAGGUCUAAAUUUUCAAAUAUAAACAAAAGAAAUUCUAACCUCAAUUAUACACAUAAUUAAUCUGCGUACUGCGUAACAUCGCUUUAAAUCAGGAUGUUUAUAAAAUAAUGUGAAAUUUUCUGUAAAAUUGUACUUUAUACAUAGGAAGCGAAAAAAAAUUAAAUCAAGAUAACAAUAAUAUAAAUACCCCCCAACAAAGCUGAAAUUUCGCGCCAAUUCGAUCCUUUAUAAAUACCUUCGGCAGUUUGGCGCGUUUUAUUAUCACGUUUUCGCCUGUUCAUUGUGUUUAUUGUCCACGAUUCCGGUGCUAAAAUGCCUCUCUACGAUAAAGAAAACUCGAUUUCCCUCAGCUCCAAAACCGAAAAAAUGGUAUUGUCCGAAAACAAACUGAACAUCAUACCUUCCCCCGACAAAUCCGUAAAACCCAAAAAAUCCAUCCAAGACGGCGACGACUCGAAUUUCGACCCCGAAUUGGAGCCCCUACUGCGCGAAAACCCCCGCAGGUUCGUCGUGUUCCCCAUAGAAUACCCCGACAUUUGGGCGAAGUACAAGGAAGCCGAAGCUUCAUUCUGGACCACCGAGGAAGUGGACCUAUCCAGAGACCUGGAGCACUGGAACCGGUUAACCAACGACGAGAAACACUUCAUAUCGCACAUACUCGCAUUCUUCGCCGCCUCCGAUGGCAUCGUCAACGAGAACCUAGUGGAACGCUUCAGCCAGGAAGUUCAAGUAACCGAAGCCAGAUGCUUCUACGGCUUCCAAAUAGCCAUCGAGAACAUCCACUCGGAGAUGUACAGCAUGCUGAUCGAGACCCUCAUCAGCGACCCCUCCGAGAAGGAGUUCCUGUUCAACGCCAUCGAAACGCUCCCGUGCGUCAAGAAGAAGGCCGAUUGGGCCCUAAAAUGGAUCAACUCGAAGAACGCCACCUUCGCCGAGCGGAUCAUAGCCUUCGCCGCCGUCGAGGGGAUAUUCUUCUCCGGCAGCUUCGCCUCCAUCUUCUGGCUGAAGAAGCGAGGCCUCAUGCCCGGCCUGACCUUCUCCAACGAGCUGAUAUCGCGCGACGAGGGCCUGCACUGCGACUUCGCCUGCUUGCUGUUUGCGCACUUGGUGCAGAAGCCCUCCGAGCAGCGCGUCGCGGACAUCAUCAGGGACGCCGUGGACAUCGAGCAGGAGUUCCUGUCGCAGGCGCUGCCGGUGAGCCUCAUCGGGAUGAACUGCGACCUCAUGUGCCAGUAUAUCGAGUUCGUGGCCGAUCGGCUGUUGAACGAGCUGGGUUGCAAGAAGGUCUACAACGUUACGAACCCUUUCGAUUUCAUGAACAUCAUAUCGACUGACGGGAAGACUAAUUUCUUCGAGAAGAAAGUCGGGGAGUACCAGAAGGAGGGCGUGAUUGAUUCCGGGGAUACUAAUUUCAAGAUCGAUGCUGAUUUUUGAUCCGGUUUUUUUGGGAUUUGUAGAUAGGUUUUAGAUUUUUAUAGUUUAUUUAUGUUGACUAACUCGUAUUUUACAUACUCGAAAACUUUCAACAGCCGUUUUAGGGGGGAUAAUAAAUCGGCCUUCAAUGCUCUAAGGAGUUCAAGAUGGUGAUUAACAUUCAAAACGUAUUACAGUAUAGUUGCGAUUUUAAAUAUACUAUUUUUAAUGCACUCAAAUUUCUGACUAGUCGAAUAAUUUUGUAAAUAGGUAAAAAUAUUGUCUCGACAGUUGAAUGUGGAUUAACAGUUUUAAUUAUCUUGUGUUUUAUAAGAUGUUUUUAUUAAAUCAGUAUGUAAAGUAAAUAUUUUCACCCAGUGUAUGUAGUUAAGAUUAUCUCGUUUUAAAGGUAAUUUAU